AUGCGCUACUCGUCACGGACCAAAGCUGCUGGUGCCGAUCUCGGAGGUGUGGGCACCGAUGCAGGAGAUUGGGGAGCCGGUAUAGGAGAGCGGGGUGUAGACGGUGGUGCAGGUGGUGGACUCGCUGGUGGUGUAGGCGGUGGAGGACUCGCUGGAGCUGAUUAUGAGCUAGGUGCUGAGGUAGACGAGCUCGGUGAAGCCUCGCGGUCGAGCGCCAAGCCUCUACGUCGCGCCCGCCAGGGCGCCUUCCUCUUCCUCGACGCGGACGCGCCGGACGGCGUCUUGGACCUGUCCCUCGGCCAGUUGGCCUCCGCCUCCACAUCUCCGCUGGCGCCUCCCGCUUCCGCUACAGCCACCUGCGCUUGCUCUCCUCGGCCCUCUGCGUCCUGUGCAUCGCUAAGGAGCUCCCCUGAUCUCCAACCAAUCCCCACCGCCGCCGGCGCGAGUGCCGUCAGCGCAGACCACACCGGGCCAUUCCCAGGCCGUCGCCAAAGACCUCACAUCCUCUCCUACCCACCAGUGCGCACUCCAAAUCCUGCACCAGCCUGCCACCACUGGAUGCAGACCAUCUGUUCGUCAUCACGCAUCAAAUUUAACAACAGGACCAAGCUGUCGGAGAAUGACAAUGCAAAGCUACUGAUCGCUCAAUUGGAGUUCCUCAACAAGGAAGGAAAGCUACCUGAGCUAUGA